AACCACAUAGUCGCAUUUCUCACUUUUGCUCUAAUAAUAGAAGCUAAUUAUAUAUGUGUCUAAAAGGUUAUAAGGUUUUAAAAUUAUUUAAUUUGAGGGUUUUAUCCUUUUUUAUGAUGUCCGAUUUUAUGAUUUGUUGUUUGAAGAAAAUAGAGAAACGCGCACAUUUUACAGUGUUGUAAAACUAAAACUAAAGCAAAUUAGGCGGAAAGUUAUGCGCCAUUAAACUCACGAUGACGGCCAUAAAAGACGCAGGGAAACCUGGGAAAUGGAUUUAGACUAAUUUUAUGGACAUUUUGCAAAGAUACAAUAAUUUAUUUAAAUACACACACACACACACAGACAUUACAUAUAUGUACGUUUACAAACCCCGAGAGUAGUAAAAAAAUGAAAUAAUUUAUUGUUUUCCAUUUAGUUUCUACAUCUUUUUUUAAUUUAAAUUUUUAUAAUACUCGGUUUUAUUUAUUUAUUUUUAAAUAAAAUGCUUUUAUAUUCCCUUUCGAGUUUUCCCGAAAUAUAUUUCAAAUUUAUAUAUUUGUUUUUCUUUUGCUAAUAUUUUUUUCUUGUUUAUUCGGAUUCUUUUUUCUUUUUUUUUUUAAUUCUCAUUUCUGGCCCUCGGUUCCCCUUCCUCCCACUUUCCUCCGCAUUACCCUGGCGCCCUCCUUCCUUUCCUCCCUCCCCUUCCCUCCACCCUUGUUUUCCUCCCUCCUUCUCUCCCCCACUUGGUCCUACCUCAGAGGAGCGGACUGCGGGUCACGUGUUCCUCUGCGUCCUGUACAAAAUUUCUAGUAGAGGAGAGAAGUGAAGCAUAUCAGCAAUUAUCAGCGACACUACCUAUCUCCAGAUAUACGGACAGGAAGAAGGAACCGACGACGACGACGAAGAAGAAGACGCUGCUGUUUUUCCUUCUUCAUCCCAGAAGCAGAAAAACUAUUCCCUUGAUUUCCACGUCCACAUUUCUUGCAGCCGUAGACUUUUACGCACAAAGUUCCGGAGAGCUUUGGAGAGGCUGCGCUCCUGCCUGUGCCGCACCAGGAGUGAGUGCGCACUGCGCUGCUGUGGACGACUCAAGGACCGGAUCGUGUUAUCGCCGCACCGUUCUUAUCUGAGGAAAGUUUUGGGUCAGGUCAGACACCCUGCUUGGGAGAGUGGUCUUGGAUCCGCAUCAAAUCCACUGGACCUUCAUAUUUGAAAUCGUUUAAAACCCGAUCUCAUCAUGUACCAAAGUUUGACCUUGUCCUCAAACCAGUCCCCUUACCCACAUGACACCGGGAACUACAUCCACCCUUCAGCCAGCUCGCCCGUCUACGUCCCCUCCACCCGGGUCUCGGCCAUGCUGCCCACUCUGCCCUACCUGCAGAGCUGCGACUCCCCGCACCAGUCCCACCACCACAGCCUCAGCGGGCACCACGGAUGGUCCCAGACCGGCACGGAUGUCUCGUCCUUUACGCCCAGCAGCCCUCACCCUCACCACGGCUUGUCCUACUCCCACAGCCCGCCCGUCAGCACCAACACGGGCCGGGAUCCCGGGUCCACCUACCAGAGCCCGCUGGUUCUAGGGAACGGGGCACGGACGGAUCAGUACGGCGGCGCUCUGGUGCGUCCUGUCGGUGGGUCCUACUCCAGUCCUUACGCCUAUGUGAGUCCGGAGAUGGCGACGUCCUCCUGGACACCCGGACCGUUUGAGAGCGGGGUGAUCAGUCUGCAGGGCCGACAAGGAUGCUUGGCCGGGAGGAGGUCCAGUCUGGAUCUGAUGGAGGACAUGCAGUGUGAGGGCAGAGAGUGCGUCAACUGCGGCUCGGUGUCCACGCCGCUGUGGCGCAGGGACGGAACAGGACACUAUCUGUGCAACGCGUGCGGACUUUACCACAAGAUGAACGGCAUCAAUAGGCCGCUGAUCAAACCGCAGAAACGACUGCAGACCACGCCCCGCAGAGCCGGCCUGUGCUGCACCAACUGCCACACCAGCACCACCACACUGUGGAGGCGUAACGCCGAGGGGGAGCCUGUGUGUAAUGCCUGUGGUCUCUACAUGAAGCUGCAUGGGGUGCCCAGACCAUUGGCUAUGAAGAAAGAAAGCAUUCAGACCAGGAAGCGCAAACCCAAGAUGGCCAAGAAUAAAACAUCCACAGGAGGAUCCACAGUCUCUGACCCAAACUCCACAAGUUCUCUGUCGGUGUCUGAACACGCCUCCACCAUCAAGAGUGAACCCAACAUGGCUCCUUCACCCUACGCUGGUCAGACAGUGACACCUGCCAGUCAGACGGCCACUCAACUUGCCAGCACAGAAUCCGUACAUGUGGACAUUAAAUACGAAGAUUAUCCCUUUACCCCGAGCUCAAUGCCCCCUCAGAACUCCUGGUGUGCUCUGUCUCAAGCCUGAGGAGGCUCAACCAAAAGACUGACAGACCACAGCUAGCUUUAGCAUCAGCACCGAGGCUCAUCGCUCUUCACCGCAGUCUCUCCCUCA